AUGAUAGGACUCACACUGUACGACGUCCUUGCGAUCCCAAUCACUGCUUCUACGGAUGAUGUGAGGAAGGCAUACAAACAGAAAGCUCUUGAAACGCACCCUGACAAGCUCGAACCUACCGUGACGGAGCAAGAGCGCCGCGCUGCAGAGGGAAGGUUCAGAAAUGUAUGCGAAGCAUUUGAGGUGCUUAGUGAUCCAGUGAAAAGGAAGGCCUACGACGACCGCGUCCAGCUUGCUCAGAAGAACAAGAAAUAUUGGGAUGAGCAGCACGACAGGCGGGUCAAGACGCGCGAAGAGUGGGCACGUCAAGUCAAGGAACGUAGCGAGGCUCGUAUGAAAGAACGUGCAGAUUUCUAUGAGAACCUCAAGCGUAUAAAGGAGGAAAAGCAACGAUACAUAGAAAUGGUUGAGCAAUUCUAUCAAGAGCUGCGCGACUGCCACCCAGAGUGGGAAUCGAGGAGGCAGGCCGCGCUACAGUGGAAAGAGAUGGCGGACAAAGGCCAAAUACCACGACGACACACAACUCGCAUUUAG